GAAUGAGUUUUGGAGUGAAUGUGACAGUUUAAAAAAUACCUUCAUUGUUUGGACCUGCCUAUUUAUCUGUUUGGGAACACAACUGAUUUCUUCUUGAGUUUCAAAUGUAAGGCUGCUACAGUCACAUCACAAUAUUCACUUGUGCCUGACUGACAUAGAGAUCUGGUACGAGUAUGUGAAAGCAUCCUUACGUUGUUCAGUGGGGAAAUUUUGUUUGCUACUGUCAUUGCCAUUUCUUUUUGUUUAGAAUCAGAAUAAAAGUAUCAGAAUAAAAUAUAUUUUCAAAUAUCUUUUAUAAAUCUGAUUUAACUAUUCAGUCUUGGUAUAAUAUAUUCAAAGGUUGUUUCCCCAAGGCAGAUAGAAAUUUCUAAAAAUUUCACUUGAUACAAAUUUAGUAAUUCUGAUGUUCUAUUAUACGUCUAAUAAUUACUUUGCUUUGUAUUUUCCUACAGAUUUGCUGGUUUUAGAUGGCUACAACUGCCCAGAGAAAGGAAAAAAAAACACAAUGGAGAGAACAAAAAAAAUUUUUCACGUUACUAUUUUAUAGUAACAUAGGUAGGAGAUUGUAAGGACAGAUACAAAUUAACAAUGAGACUUAAUUACCCCUGUUGAAAAUAAGGUAUGAGAUUUCUCGCUCCUCCUUUCUUCCAGAAUAUUGACUUUAUAAAACUUAUAAUUGUAAGUACUUCCUACUCUCUUUUAAAUGUACAUAAAUGCUUUUGAAGACUAAGUAAGUCUUUUGCCAUCUUUAUGACCCACAAAUGUCUUUCUCAAGAAUGGACCUAAGAGUCAUCUCUUUGAAAUGUAAAGAUCAAGGGAUAAAGCACCCUCAUUUUUUAGUUCCUGUGGGAGAGUAGCAGCCUAACUUUGGUGGCUAUCUUACUCAAAGUGUCAGAAUCACCUCCUGUCUUAAAGAUAUGAGAAGUUUAUUUUUCCCCUGGAUAAAGCCAAAGCUAACACAAUGGUAAUGGUAACUUGGUGUAUUGGUCUGUUUGUGCUGUUAUAAUGAAAUACCACAUUAUAGGUAAUCUAUAAAUAACAGACAUUUAUUUCUUAUGGUUCCAGAAUCUUGAAAGUCCAAGAUCAAGGAACUGACAGGUUUGGUGUCUGGUUGUUACUGGAAAUGGGUCCUGAUCUAGACCCCAAGAGAGGGUUCUUGGAUCUUGUGUAAGAAAGAAUUAGAGGCAAAUCCAUAGAGCAAAGUGAAAGCAAGUUUAUGAAGAAAGCAAAGGAAUAAAAGUGUGGCUACUCCAUAGGCAGGGCAGCCCCAAGGACACUGCCCAUUUUUAUGGUUAUUUCUUUAUUAUAUGCAAAAUGGGAUAAAUUAUUCAUGUCUCCCCUUUUUAGACCAUACAGGAUAACUUUCCUAUGUUGCCAUGGCAUUUGUAAACUGUCAUGGUGUUGGUGGGCAUGUGGCAGUGAGGAAAACCAGAGGUCAGUCCCAUUGCCAUCUUGGUUUUGGGGGGUUUUAGCCAGCUUCUUUACUGCAAACUGUUUUAUCAGCAAGGUCUUUAUGACCUGUAUCUUGUGCCAACCUCCUUUCUCAUCCUGUGACUAAGAAUGCCUUAACCUCCUGGGAAUGCAGCCCAGCCCAGCAUUGUUUUGCCCAGCUCCUAUUCAAGAUGGAGUUGCUCUGGUUUAAAUACCUCUGACAUGGUGAGGGCUUGAUAUCUGCUUCCAAGAUGGCACCCUGUUGCUGAAUCCUCUCUCUUAAUUUUAGCCUAGAAAGACUCAUGUUGGACUUCUACAGAACUGUAAGAGAAUACAUGUGUUGUUGUCGUUGUUUUUAAGUCACUAAGAUUGUAGCAAUUUGUCACUGCAUCAAUAGAAAACUAAUAGAACAAGGCAUUUCCCAAUAGCUGAGUGCAAUUCUAUGGAGAAGGUUGCAGUUAUAAGCUGUUAGCAGCAGUACUCCCAGGAACCGGAGGGUGGGUGCAUUUGACAUUAAAGGGGUGGCUGUGUCCACUAUAGUAAAUCUGCCUAAUUCUGGGAUGCGAUUUAAGGAAACCUACUGUUUAUGAUUUUGGUUUCUUUUUUAUUUGUUUAUUUUGGUUCUCUUUAGGGAGCUGGUCCUUACCUCAAGGUAAAAAACAUACUCUCUUACAUUUUCUUCAAAUACAUUUUUAGUUGGGUUUUAUACAUAUAAUAAUUUAAUCCAUCCCUUCCAAAAUUUGUGUGUGUGUGUGGUAGGAGGUAGAAAUUUACCUUUUUCCAGGUAGAUAGCAAAUUGUCUCAGUCUCAUUUAUCGAGGAGUCAGUCUUCUUUCCCUAUUGAUUUGAAACAUUAUGUCUGUCAUAAACCUAAUUUCCACAAAUGCAUGGGUUAGUUUCUGGGCAUUAGUGAUAUGCUCACCUAAUCCCAAAUCAGCCCCACACUUAUUUAAUUAUUAUAGCUUUAUAGUAUGACUUGGUAUCUUAUGGGUAAAAUUUGUUCUCUUUAUUUUAAAAAAUUGUCUUGGCUAUAUGAGGGUAUUGGUGAUGUUGACCCCAUCUCAUAUAUAUGUAUGUAUGUAUAUGUAAAUAUAUAGGUAAACAACUUUAUUAAGAUAUAAUUUACACAUGUUCUUCAGUGGGAAGGACAUGGGAUUAACUGGGACAGGGCAUGAAGGAAUUCUCUGGGAUGAUGGAAGUGUUCAUAUCAUAACCCAAAUGAUUUGGGUUACCUGAGUGGGUGCAUUUGUAAAAAUUAGUUGAACUGUACUUUCAGAUCUGUGAAUUUGGCUACACGUAAAUUAUAUUUCAUUUUUUUCAAAUACAAAAAUAAAACCUACUGUUAGAAUACACCUCAACCUCACAGAGUAGUGGUUACCUGGGUAAAGGAAGAAAGUACAAGGAGCUAAAGUGAGUGCCUUACCUGUACUCAUAUCUUGAGAUGAAGAGAGAGAGUGUAUGUGUAUGAAACGGAGAAAGAAAUCAUGCCCCAUGCUCUAGUAUUCCUCCUAAUUUUUUUUUUUGAGACAGGGUUUCGGUAUGUCACUUGGGCUGGAGUGCAGUGGUGCGAUCUCAGCUCACUGCAACCUCUGCCUCCUAGGCUCAAUAAAUCCUUUCAUCUCAGUCUCCCAAGUAGCUGGGACCACAGGCGCACGCCACUAUACCUGAUUAAUUUUUGUAUUUUUUUUUGUAAAGAUGAAGUUUUACCAUGUUAUCAAGACAGAUCUUGAACUCCUGAGCUCAAGUGAUCUGCCUACCUUAGGCCCCCAAAGUGCUGGGAUUACAGGCGUGAGCCACCGUACUUGGCCCCUCCUACCUGCUUCCUCAUUCCAUCUCAUCUGGCUCAUUUUACUCAAGCUUCCCACUCAACGUUAGUGUUCAUCAGCAUUUUAGCUUCUAUCUUUGUCAUAUGAAAAUACCAACGUUCCUUAAAGUGUGGCAAACAGGUCACGUAUAUCAUAAUCUCUUGGGCUCCUUGCUGAAAAUGUAGACAGUACCUACCUCAUAGGGCUACUGGGGCAACUGAAUGAGAUAAUGGUUAAACAAUGCUCAAAAUGCUGCCUAUGACAGAGUAAGGACCCCCCAAAAGUUCUGUAUUUUUAUUAUUUGUUGUUGUUUAUUGAAAUAGAAUAUUGGAAGUUGAUGGUGGAAAAUUUUCUUUUUUAAAAAAUUUUAAGUCUGGGAUACAUAUGCAGAAUGUGCAGGUUUUUUACAUAGGUAUACAUGUGCCAUGGUGGUUUGCUGCACCUAUCAGCCCGUCAUCUAGGUUUUAAGCCCCACAUGCAUUAGGUAUUUGUCCUAAUUCGUAGCUUCCCUUUGCUCCCCACCCCACACCCCCCAAGAAUUUUCAUUUUUACUAAAAUCUUCAGGUGAUUCUGAUGCAUAUUAAGUUUUGGAACCACUGAAGAAAUACUCCCUAAGGGAUCUCAUUCAUAUACAUCACCUCAACUACUACUUGUAUGGAAAUGACUCUCAAAACACAUUCCCAGAUAUUUCUCCUGAGUUCCAGAUUCUAAUAUAACCAAUUUCUUCUGAGUACCUCCAUCUGCAUAGCUCACAGAUACCCUACAACUGAAAGAUUUGAAAACAUACUCAGUCUUUCCCCAGACCCCCUUUCCCUUCUUUCCCAGGCCUACUGAAUGGCAGUUCUGCAUUUCAUUCAGCCGAACCAGAAAGUAAAGAAUCAUCUAGACUUUUCCUUCUCUCUUCCCAUUCAACACCCAUUUGCUGACAACAUUCACUUUCUUUGAUAUCCAUUUCCUGUCAAGCCUACCUGCUUUAUCAGUCUGGGUUUCUGUUUCCUCAUUUGCAUCUCUCCGCUGUAGUCCAGGUCCUCUUCUCCCUCUCCUGGAUUGUAGCAAUGACAGUCAAAUUGAUCUUCCUCUUCCCAGAAUAUCACCAAUUCUAUAACACUCCUUUUGAGGGUGCAUGAAUUAAAGCUAUAUAUCCCAUGAGUCUCAGAGUAUUUCAUUCUUGUGCAAACACCAUGGCAUUUCUUUUCCCUGCUUACAAAAGUAACACUUUCUUUUGACAAGCAAUAGGCAACACAGAAAGAUAUAAAGAACUGAAUAAGAAAGUUAGCUGGACAUGGUGGCGCACACCUGUAAUCCCAGGUAUUUGGGAGGCUAAGACUGGAGAAUCGCUGUAACCUAGGAGGUGGAAGUUGCAGUGAGCCAAGAUCAUGCCACUGCACUCCAGCCUAGGUGACAGAGUGAGACCCUGUCUCAAACAAACUAAACAAAACAACAACAACAGAAUUAGAAUAAUAAGCAACCAUAAUACCACCACCCAGAGAUUAGUAUUAAUAACAUUUUGUUUGUAUUUAUUUAUUUUGGAGACAGAUUCUCAUUCUUGUUGUCCAGGCUGGAGUUCAGUAGCACAAUCAUAGCUCACUGCAGUAUUUUUAUUUUUAUUUUUUUUGAGACAGAGUCUCGCUCUGUCACCCAGGCUGGAGUGCAGGCUUGAACCUGCCUCACAGGUUCAAGUAAUUCUCCUGCCUCAGCCUCCUGAGUAGCUGGGAUUGCAGGUGCCCACCACCAUGCCUGGCUAAAUUUUUUUGUAAUUUUAGUAGAGACGGGCUUUCACCAUGUUGGCCAGGAUGGUCUCAAUUUCCUGACUUUGUGAUCCACCUGCCUCAGCCUCCCAAAGUGCUGGGAUUACAGGAGUGAACCACUGCGCCCAGCUUUUAUUUUAUUUUUUUAAUUAAAGGAUAACUUGCAUACUGUUAAUCUCAAUGAUUUUUUACACAUGAAUAGACCUGUGUACUCACUACCCAGAAUACUGCCAUCAACACAGACAGUGCCAUCAUGCUCCCCCAGUCUAUACCAUCCACCAGAAAGAACCACUAUUCUGAUUUGUGUCAUUGUAGAUCAAUUUGACCAGUUUUUAAACUUUAUCUGUAUGGAAUUAUACAGUAUUUUCUCUUUUAUGUCUGUCCUCUUUUGUUCAAAAUUACAUCCAUGAGAUUAAUCCAUGUUGUUGGGCAUAUCAGUAGCUCAUAACUAUUAACAUUUUGAUGUAUGUCUUUUCAGAAGUUUUUCUAUACACACUCAGGCACUAAAAUAGUGUCUAUGUUAUGACCUUCUUCUCCUUUUCAUGUCAUACAGGAAUGUAUCAUCUUACAAUUGUUUUGUUCUGGUUAAAAAAGCAGUACAUUCUUAUUAUAUAAAAUGAAAUGCUAUUGAAAUACGUAAUUUAAAAAGAAAAAGUCUCCCACAAUUUCCCAGUACACCCUCAAUAGCACUAACUUAGAGGAGGUCAUGGAAAUUUUGACUGCCAUUUUCUUUCAUUCAACAAGCUUUUAUUGAGUGCUUUUUAUGUGCUAGGCAUUUUUCUUGACACUGAGGGUAUAGCAGUAAACAAAACAAAGCCCUAGCUAUCAUGAAACUUACUUUAUAGUGGGAGCUACUAGCAAAUAAACGAUUAACUAUGUAAAAUAAUAUCAGGUUACUGAUCAAUGCAAUAAUGGUAAGUAAAACAGAGAGAAAGAGUGAUGGUGGAUUUUCAAUAGUAUGGUCAAAAGAAGACUUUUUUUUAUUUAGGGAGAAAGAGAAAGAAAAAGAGGGAAAAAGAGGAAAAAAAAGAGGGAAAAAGAGAAAAAGAGGGAAAAAGAAAUAUUACUUCAUUCCUAAAAUGGGUAUCACUAACGGCCAAUCAAUAUUUUGUGUGUUUAAAGUGGAUAAUGUAUAUUUUGUGUGUUUAAAAUGGAGAGCUCUACUGAGUUUAUUUGUUCUGGUUCUGAGUUCAAGUCCUGGAUAUCAUUAUCAAUUUUCUGUCUCGUUGAAUCUAAAUCUCAUUAUGGGUCUUAUGUAUCUGGGUGUUAAGAUCUCUUAUUAUUACAUUAAUCCUUUUACCCUUGUAUCCUUAUAGCUUUGAAAUCUAUUUUAUUAAUUGUGAGAAUUGCAACUCCUGCUUUUUAUUUAUUUGUUUUUGCUCUCCAUUUGGUUUGUAAGUUUUUUUCCAACCCUUUAUUUUGAGUCUUUGUAUAUCUUUAGAUAUACCAUUAGAUUUUGUCUGUAUCUUUUGAUUGGGGGAUUUAGUCGAUUUAAAUUUAGGGUUACUGCCAUUUGAUAUUAACUGGCUAUUUUAUCCUUUCGUUGAUGUAAAUUCUUUAUGUUAAUGCUCUUUACGUUUUGGUAUAUUUUUAGAAAGGCUCAUACUGGUUGUUCCUUUCUAUGUAUAAUACUUCUUUUAGAAGUUCUUGUAAAGCAGGCCUGGUGGUAGUAAAAUCUCUAAGUACUUGCUUGUUCCUGAAAGAUUUUAUUUUUCCUUCAAUUGUAAAGCUUAAAUUGGCAGGAUAUGAAAUUCUGGGCUGAAGGUUCUGUUCUUUAAGUAUAUUGAAUAUUGGCCCCCACUCUCUUCUGACUUGUAGGGUUUCCGCUGAGAGAUCUGCUGUAAGCCUAAUAGGCUUCCCUUUAUGGGUAACCUGAUCUUUCCCUCUGGCUGCCCUUAAGAUUUUCUCCUUCGUUUCGAUCCUGGUGAAUCUAACGAUUAUGUGCCUUGGGGUUGGUCUUCUUGAGGAAUAUCUUUGUGGUGUUCUCUGUAUUGCCUGGGGUUGAAUAGUGUCCUGCUUUGCUAAGUUGGGAAAAUUUUCCUGGAUAAUGUCCUGAAAAGUAUUUUCCAGCUUGAAUUCAUUCUCUCCGUCACAUUCAGGUACACUGAUCAAACGUAUAUUAGGUCUUUUCACAUAGUCCCAUAUUUCUUGGAGACUUUGCUCAUUCCUUUUUAUCCUUUUUUCUCUAUUCUUGUCUUGUCGUUUGAUUUCAUUAAGUUGGUCUUCAACCUCUGAUAUCCUUUCUUCUGCUUGAUCCAUUCGGCUAUUUAAGCUUGUACAUAUUUCACUAAGUUCUCAUGUUGUAUUUUUCAACUCCAUAAGUUCAUUUGUAUUCCUCUCUAUAUUGUCUAUUCUUUUCAUCAUUUCAUCGAACCUUUUUUCAAAGUUCUUAGUUUCUUUACACUGGGUUAGAACAAGUUCCUUUAACUCCCAGAAGUUUCUUAUCAUCCACCUUUUAAAGCCUACUUCAGAUAAUGGAACACAGUCCUUUUCCAUCAGGACUUUUUCUGUUGCUGAUGAGUCCUUUUCCAUCAGGGCUUGUUCGGUUGCUGAUGAGUCCUUUUCCAUCAGGGCUUGUUCUGUUGCUGAUGGGUUCUGAUUUUGAGUAUACUCGGCCUUCUUAGGCUGUUUUUUUCCCUUCAUUGUAGAUGAACAGGCUUUCUAAUUAGGUUUCUGAGUCGACGUCCAAUUUAUUGAUUCCCAGUGCUGGGAUCCGAGCAACUCACUGUGGCGGCCUAAAUAGCAGCGGUAAGACUGAUGGUGCUCUUCUGCCCGGGAAUCUCUGGUCUGGCUUCCCUCUUGAGUCCGCAACAAGCGGCUCUGACUUCCCGGAGCUCCAAACUCCGGUCAGUAGGGGAAGUGGUCCCGUUGGCUCUGCGUGAAGAGCUGCUGCGCCGAGACGCCGGCAAAACCACUGCAGGGGCCACAAGAGUCACGCUGGUGACCCGUGGGGCUCCUCCACUGGGAAUCAGCUGAUCCGUGAGUGACGAAAAUUCGUCUAAAAGUGUGGCGUUGUCUCGUUCUCUGAGCUUUCACUGGGAGCUACAAUCCCGAGCUGUUAGUGAUCGGCCAUCUUGGAUCCAAAAGAAGACUUUUGAAAGAAAUGAUAUUUUAUGAACAGAAAGAAAAGCAAGUGCAGGCCGGGUCCAGUGGCUCACCUGUAAUCCCAGCACCUUGGGAGGCCAAGGCAGGCAGAUUACCUGAGGUCAGGAGUUUGAGACCAGCCUGGCCAACAUGGUGAAACCCCAUCACUAUUUUAAAAAAAAAUUAGCCAGGCAUUGUGGCGGGAACAUGUAAUCACAGCUACUUGGGAGGCUGAAGCAGAAGAAUCGCUUGAACCUGGAAGGUGGAGGUUGCUGUGAGUCAAGAUUGCGCCACAGCACUACAGUCUGGCUGACAGAGCAAGACUCUGUCUCAAAAAAAGGAAAAGCAAAUGCAAAGUUCCUGAGGUUGGGAACUGCAUGAGUGCAGGGGGACCAGUGGAGCUGGAACAGAGCAACCAAAGAGAAGUGUAGUAGAAAAUAAGGUUUGACAUUCUGGACAUGGGAACAGGCAAAAAUUUCAUGACAAAGACACCAAAAGCAAUUGCAGCAAAAGCAAAAACUGACAAAUGGGAUCUAAUUAAACUAAAGAGUUUCUGCACAGCAAAAGAAACUAUCAACUGAGUAAACAGCCUACAGAAUGGGAGAAACUUUUUGAAAACUAUGCAUUUGACAAAGGUCUAAUAUCUAGCAUCUAUAAGGAACUCAAACAAAUUUACAAAGAAAAACAACUUCAUUUAAAAGUGGGCAAAAGACGUGAACAGACACUUUUCAAAAGAAGACAUACAUGCAGCCAAAAAACUAUGACUAAAACCUCAGCAUCACUGACAAUUAGGGAAAUGCAAAUGAACACCAUGAUGAGAUAUCAUCUCACACCAGUCAGAGUGGCUAUUAUUAAAAAGUCAAAAAUAACAGAUGCUGAUGAGGUUGCAGAGAAAAGGGAGAGCUUAUAUACUGUUGGUGGGAGUGUAAAUUAGUUCAGCCUAUGGAAAGCAGUGUGAUGAUUACUCAAAGAGCUAAAAACAGAACUACCAUUCCACCCAGCAAACCCAUUACUGGUAUAUACCCAAAGGAAUAGAAAUCAUUCUGUCAUACAGACACAUGCAUGUGUAUGUUCAUUCUAGCACUGUUCACAAUAGCAAAGACAUGGAAUCAACGUAAACGUCCAUGAAUGGCAGAUUGGAUUAAGAGAAUGUGGUACAUAGACAUUGUGGAAUACUAUGCAGCCAUAAAAAAGAACAAGAUCAUGUCCUUUGCAGGAACAUGGAUGGAGCUGGAUGCCAUAAUCUUUAGCAAACUAACGCAGAAACAGAAAGCCAAUACUGCAUGUUUACACUUAUAAGUGGGCACUAAAUGGUGAGAACACAUGGAGACAUAGAGGGCAACAACAGACUCUGGGGCCUAGUGGAGAAUGGAGAGUGGGAGGAAGGAGAGGAUCAGAAAAAAUAAUGAAUAGGCACUAAGCUUAAUACCAGGGUAAUGAAAGAAUGUGUACAACAAACCCACAUGACAUGAGCUUACCUAUAUAACAAAACUGCACAUGUACCCUUGAACGUAAAAUAAAGGUUAAAAAAAAAAAAGGAAAAGAAGUCUUGAAAAUAGGCAAGGGCCAGACCUUGUAGGGCCUAGUAGUCUAUCUAAGUCCUUUGAAUUUUAUUCUAAAUGCAAUGGAAAGCCACUGGAGAAUUGAGAGCAGGUGAAGGAGAUUAUCUCAUUUACGUUUUAAAAGAAUUACUCUGUCUCCUGUGUAGAGAAUAGACUGCAUAAAGGAAAUAAUAGAAGUGGGUACCUCACGUGAGAAGCUAUUGGCAGUGAUCCCGGCGAGAGAUGAUGUGGCUUAGGCCAGGGCGGCAACAGGGGAGGAGGUGAGAGGAGCAUUGAUUCUGGACCUGUGUAGAACUGACAGGACUUGUUGGUUGCCUGGAUACAAAGUGUAAGAGAAGGAGAGGCAGUAAAGCACAGCUCCAAGGUUUUUAGAUUUGAUGAUUUCAGUAUUCACAUAGAUCAAUUGAACCCCCUUGCCUCUCAGUUCCUUUAGGAAGAACUGGCUUGAUGCAUGCAUUGGGAGAAAAGGUUAGGUGCCCAAUUUGGGUCAUAUUGAGUUUGAGAUUAGAUCAUCCAAAUGGAGAUAGUGAGUAGACAAUGGAAAUAUGACUCUAGAGUUCAAAGUAGAGGUCAGGGCUGGGGAUUUACUGCCAUGAAACUGGAUGAAAUCACCCAGGGAGUGAAUGUAGAUAGAAAAGUGAAGCUGCCCAGGGCCUGAGCCCUAGAGCACUCCUAUGUUUAAUAAUCUGAAAGAAGAGGAGAAACUGGCAAAAGAGACAAACGGAAACCAAGGAGGCCAAAGGAAAACUGUGUGGGGUCAUGGAAGCCAAAUGAAAAAUCUGUUUCAAACAGAGCCACUGCUAGGCCAUAUUAUUCCUGUGUGAAAACAAAACAAUACAAACCAAAAGCCCUAUCUAUUCCUCAAGUAGAAGGAAAUAAUUAGUAUUCUAUUUAUUUUCUAAUAAGAAGGAUUGCAAAAACUAUAUAUUCAUUUUGUAUAAAUUGUACGAAUAUUGAACACAAAAGUAUAGACAAUCCCAAAAUGUAAUCACAUUUAGGAAUUCAAAGCCACCAAGCUAUAAUAAUUUAUUAUAAAAUAGUUUCACAUCUUGCUUUUAUCAAAACAAAAUUCUUCAUGGCAGUUUCAAUGCUCGCUUGCUCUGUUUCUAUCAAAUAAUCACUAUAUAUGACAGUCUUUCUUUUAACAUUGUACAUAUUAAGUAGUUCUCUAUACAUUUUAAUCUUGGGAAGCUACAUUCUUUAAUGGUGGCCAUUGUUGACAAAAUUAAUAUAUCCUGAGAGCUCGUGAGCUAUUUGGAAAUGUAUCUGAUAAAUUAUUGCUGCAAAUAUGCUGCAGCACUUCAGCAAGAGUCUUAAUAGUUUUUUUUAUUUUUUAUUUUUUGAGACAGAGUCUUGCUCUGUCACCCAGGCUGGAGCGCAGUGGCACGAACAGGGCUCAUCUCAGCCUCAACCACCUGGGGUCAAGCAAUCCUCCCACCUCAGCCCCCUAAGUAGCUGAGACCCUGACAGAUGGAGUCUCACUCUGACCCCAGCCUGGAGUGCAGUGAUGCGAUCUUGGCUCACUGCAACCUCUACCUGCCGGGUUCAAGCAAUUCUCCUGCCUCAGCCUCUUGAGUAGCUGGAAUUACAAGCGUGAGCCACCAUGCCUCACUAGUUUUUGUAUUUUUUAGUAGAGACAAGUUUCACCAUGUUGGCCAGGCUGGUCUUGAACUCCUGACCUUGUGAUCUGCCUGCCUUGACCUCCCAAAGUGCUGGGAUUACAGGUAUGAGACACUGUGCCCGGCCAAUAAUUAAGUUAUAUGUUUUUUAGAACACUGAAAAGGCAGUUAUACCUGGCUGAAUAAUGGUCUUCCAAAGACAUCAGUUCCUAAUUCCUGGAACUUGUGUAAAUGUAACCUUAUUUGGAAAGCAGAGUUUUGUAGAUAUAAUUAAAUUGGGGAUUUUUUUUUUUUGAGACAGGGUCUUGCUCUAUUGCCAAGGCUGGAGUGCAGUGGUGCAACCUUGGCUCUCUGCAACGUCUGCCUCCUGGUGAUUCUCUCACCUCAGUGUCCUGAGUAGCUGGGACCACAGGUGCCUACCACCAUGCCUGGCUAAUUUUUUGUGUUUUUGGUAGACAAGGAGUUUCACCAUGUUGCCCAGGCUGGAUUUGAACUCCUGGGCUCAAGUAGUCUGCCUGCCUUCGCUUCCCAAAGUGCUGGGAUUGCAAGUAUGAGGCACUGUGCCUGGCCCAAGUUGAGGAUCUUGAGCCAAGGAGGCUAUCCUGGAUUGUCCAAGUGGGAUGUAACACCAACACAAGUGUCUUUAUAAGAAAGAGGCGGCGGGAGACUGUAGACACACAGAGGAGGUACUGUGAAGACAGAGGCACAGAUUGUGGUUACAAGCCGAGAAAUGUCAGCAGCCACCAGAAGCUGGAAGAAGCAAAGAAUGGAUUCUCUCCUGGAAUCUCCGAAGGAAGCAUGGCCCUACUGACAGCUUGAUUUCAGACUUCUGGCUUCCAGGAGAUUGGUCUCACUCUGUUGCCCGGACUGGUCUUGGCUUACUGCACCUUUCGCCUCCCAGGUUCAAGUGAUUCUCCUGCCUCCGCCUCCCCGGUAGCUGGAAUUACAGAUUCCCCUAAGAAGACCAUCUGUGAUCCGGAGGAGUUUUUAAAGUCCUCGCUGAAAAAUGGGGUAGUUCUAUGCAAACUGAUCAACAGACUCAUGCCAGGCUCUGUGGAAAAGUUUUGUCUGGAUCCCCAAACUGAAGCUGACUGCAUCAACAACAUUAAUGACUUCCUGAAAGGAUGUGCAACCCUCCAAGUGGAAGUAUUUGAUCCUGAUGACCUUUAUUCAGGGGUCAAUUUCUCCAAGGUUCUGAGUACUCUUUUAGCUGUCAACAAAGCGACAGAAGAUCAGCUAUCAGAAAGACCAUGUGGACAUUCCUCUUCUCUUAGCGCUGCUAAUACUUCUCAGACAAACCCACAGGGAGCAGUUUCUAGCACAGCUUCAGGGCUGCAAAGGCAGUCAAAGACAGUGGAGAUGACGGAAAAUGGAAGUCAUCAGUUGAUAGUAAAAGCAAGAUUCAACUUUAAGCAGACUAAUGAGGAUGAACUGUCAGUUUGUAAGGGGGACAUCAUUUAUGUCACUCGAGUUGAAGAAGGAGGCUGGUGGGAAGGUACAUUAAAUGGGAGAACAGGCUGGUUCCCUAGUAAUUACGUCCGCGAAAUUAAAUCCAGUGAGAGACCUCUCUCUCCCAAGGCCAUCAAAGGAUUUGAAACUGCUCCACUUACCAAGAAUUAUUAUACUGUGGUGUUACAGAACAUCCUGGACACUGAAAAAGAAUAUGCUAAAGAACUUCAGUCUCUUCUUGUUACUUACUUAAGACCCCUGCAGUCCAAUAACAAUCUGAGCACUGUGGAGGUUAUGUCUUUACUGGGAAACUUCGAGGAAGUAUGCACAUUUCAACAGACACUCUGCCAAGCCUUGGAAGAAUGUUCAAAGUUUCCAGAAAACCAGCACAAAGUAGGAGGUUGUCUACUGAGUCUCAUGCCUCAUUUUAAAUCUAUGUAUCUGGCUUACUGUGCAAACCAUCCUUCAGCUGUGAAUGUGCUCACUCAGCACAGUGAUGAGUUGGAACAAUUUAUGGAAAAUCAAGGUGCAUCGAGCCCAGGUAUCCUCAUUUUAACAACAAGCCUCAGCAAACCAUUCAUGCGACUGGAGAAAUAUGUUACUCUCUUGCAAGAGUUGGAACGGCAUAUGGAGGAUACUCAUCCGGAUCAUCAGGACAUUCUGAAGGCAAUCGUAGCAUUCAAAACUCUCAUGGGGCAAUGUCAAGAUCUGAGGAAGAGAAAACAGCUGGAGUUACAGAUACUGUCUGAACCUAUUCAGGCAUGGGAAGGAGAGGAUAUUAAAAACUUGGGAAAUGUGAUUUUUAUGUCACAAGUAAUGGUGCAGUAUGGAACAUGUGAGGAAAAAGAGGAGCGGUACCUUAUGUUAUUUUCAAAUGUCCUGAUAAUGUUAUCUGCAAGUCCUCGGAUGAGUGGCUUUAUCUAUCAGGGAAAAAUACCAAUACCAGGAACAAUGGUGGCUAGAUUAGAUGAAAUUGAAGGGAAUGACUGCACAUUUGAAAUCACUGGUAACACAGUAGAGAGAAUUGUGGUCCAUUGCAACAACAACCAGGACUUCCAGGAAUGGUUGGAGCAGCUGAACAGACUGAUAAGAGGACCUGCCUCUUGCAGUUCAUUAUCCAAAACAUCAUCGUCAUCAUGUAGUGCUCAUUCUACAUUUUCCCAGUCUUUUAGCUCUACCGGACAGCCCCGAGGACCCUUGGAGCCUCCUCAAAUUAUAAAACCGUGGAGUUUAAGUUGUCUACGACCUGCACCUCCACUUAGACCAUCAGCAGCACUAGGUUAUAAAGAGAGGAUGUCUUAUAUCUUAAAGGAAUCUAGUAAAAGUCCUAAAACAAUGAAGAAGUUUCUUCAUAAAAGGAAGACUGAGAGAAAACCUUCGGAGGAAGAAUAUGCGAUUAGGAAAAGUACAGCUGCUCUGGAAGAGGAUGCCCAGAUCCUUAAAGUGAUUGAAGCCUACUGUACCAGCGCCAAUUUUCAACAAGGCCAUGGCUCAAGUAGGUUCCCCCAAACUACUUUCUCUAGUACUCGAAAAGAUUCCAUUCCACAAGUCCUACUGCCUGAGGAAGAGAAACUCAUCAUUGAAGAAACCAGAAGCAACGGCCAAACUAUCAUGGAAGAAAAGAGCCUUGUUGAUACUGUUUACGCCUUGAAGGACGAGGUCAAAGAACUGAAGCAGGAAAAUAAAAGAAUGAAACAAUGCCUGGAAGAAGAAUUGAAGUCAAGAAAGGACCUAGAAAAGCUGGUUCGGAGGCUUUUGAAGCAAACAGAUGAAUGUAUUCGAGCCGAGUCCACUAGCAAGACCUCGAUUCUUCCAUAACCAUCACUGUGCCACCGGGUGGAGUGUGCCUUCAGGGCAUCUUGAAAUGUGCCUCUGAAUGAUUUGACUCAGUUUGCUCACUUCUUUGGCUUUUGUUUUGUGUUUGAGUCUGUAUCUCUCUCUCGCUCUCUCUCUCUCUUCCCUCUCUCUCCUGUGUGUGUGAGUGUGUGUGUGUGUGCACGCGCGCGCGUGCUUGGGCAUUUGUUGUUGUUUGGUUGUUCGUUUUUUUUCAACGGGAAAAAGCAGGAGGUGGUGGUAGAAAUGGCCCCAGAGUCUUUUCCGUUCAGUAAGAAAAGGAAAGCGAACUCAGGCCAAUUACUUAAAGGGUCUUCAGAUUGCCUUCAGUUCACAGUGCCUCCGCAACAGCCAUUGCCCUCGGGUCACAUUCUCUGGGCGGGCUGGCUGCCCUCGCAAAGCAGCUGGCCAAGGCUUAUUAAAUGUGAGCCCAACUUGUCCCCCUAGUGCUUUCCUCUGCCUGCAAGCCUGUUAGUACCUAAUUUACUGAAGGCAAAUCUUCCAGAGCUACGGCUAGAGUAAGAUGAAAGACAAACACAUCUACCCAGUGAUCCAGCUGCCCUUCCUUAGACCAUCACAGGCUACCUGUCAAUCACAGGUUUUAAAACUACUGCCCUAUGUUGUCUAUAAAACCAAGAAAAAUGUACUACUUUUAUUCCUUUUGUGUUGUGUACAUUGUAACUCAGGGGGCAGAAGCUCUGGUCACCCACACCAACACCAAAUCCAUCAGCAAGUUCUAUUGGACAAUCCUCCCUCUCAGUAGCAGAGUUAACUGCCUUUUCCCAUUGCAUGAUAGGUUUCUUUCCCUCACCUUCUGCCUAGUGUGUAAGUUUUCUAUUUCCCCAGUGCUUUUAGCCAACUGUACCAAGUGGUGUGUAAACUAGUAUGUAUGUGCUUCGCUUACUUUUUAAAAAACAUAGUUAGACUGUGAGCAAUUACCUUAUGUACAUUGCAUAUCCAAACUGUGACCUUUUAUCCUUCAAAACUAUCUGCAUUAAGGAGAUAUUGUGCCCUAGUAGACCGCUUUCAUUCACCUUAUUACUCUCUCUUGUAUGCUGUGAGAAAUUGUAAUAUUCAUUGGCCUCUUUGGGUGGGACUCUAAGCAGUAUUUGAAGAAAUAUGCUUCUGGUCCAAUUUGUAUAUCCAGAACCAAAGGGCCCCUCUAGUUGUGCUGGAUUAUUUGGGACUGAUUAUCUCAAGUUGCUCAUUGAGUCAAACCAUCCACUUUAUCCCAGAAACUAACACUGUGAGAAACCAGGUUUAGAAGAGAGUCACAGAACAGCACACGCCCAAAUUCAGCACCAUUGAAAGGUGGCCUAAGGCUGAGUGCAACUCACCCUCCCUCCCCUAAAGACAAGAAAAAUUUGGCCAGAUAGGGAGGGUCACUGGUAAGUGAGGCCAAAGUGCUGAUCAAAAUUGCCUUUACAAUAUAUUUGAUGGAUGCCUAUAAAUGUGGGUUUUGCAAAUGUUUAGAAACCAAACUUGAAGGCAGGCAUGGUGGCGCACGCUUGCGGUCCCAGCUACUCAGGAAGCUGAGGUGGGAGGAUCAUUGGAGCCCAGGAGGUGAAGGCUUCAGUGAGCUGUGAUGACACCACUGCACUCCAGCUGGGGUGACAGAGAGAUACCUCUGUCUCUGAAAAAACAAAACUUGAAGUUUGAAACCCCCAGCUUGCUGAGGAGCCCUUUAUCUUUUUGGUACUGAGAGUCUCAGUGUCCCGUAGCUAUGUGGUACAGGGCUGUUGUCUGCUUGCUGCACAGCAAAAAUUGCACCAUCCACAGGAAAGGAAGUAUUCUUGCAGUCUAACAUCAACCAAACACACACAGUCGUGUUUGGAAGCUGAAGAGUAAAGAAAUUUCUAGGAAUGGCUGUUGUUCUGUUUUUAAGCACAGCCUUUUAAAUAUAACAUCCUUCACUUAAAAAUUAAAAACAUCAUCACCACCAGUGACAACAUCAACACAGAUCUUCACAUCUGCCCAUUCUGUGGUUAGUCAGUGGCUUGCAAUAAAUUUGCAGACUGUAUCUAUAGAAAACAUUUUUGUGAUUAUGAAAUACUUUAGCUAAUUGCUGAAAAUAUUGAAAGGUCUUCAUUUUACAGUGAUGUGUACAUAUGCAUGUUUUGGGGACUUGGCCCUUCUGAUGAGGGGCCAUCGGUACUCUGGAUAACAAAGCUUGUGUGGAGUGGUAACCAUGCUUACACACUAAACAAUAAUAUAAAGGAAAUGAAGCCAUGUUAACCUGAGAGCAGUGUCUCCAUAGUUGUGUUGUUUACAAUGCUCUACAAAUGGGUUCCUGUUGCCCUGUAAUUAAACUGCUGCCCUUAGAGGCCUUUCAGUUCCUUUUCUGUCCUGUCCCUUCUUAACACAAGCUCAAAUUUUCUAACUUGUUUUUAUUUUGAAGAAUUUUAAAAUGGACAUUUUCAAUACAUAAAAAUAAACAGUGCUUUAUAAAAA